AUGGUGAUAAGUGGUUCGAGUGGUGUAGGCAAAGAUGUUGUGAUCCAAAGAUUUGGGGGAAGAGACAGAAUAGAAAGAUGCCUUUUGGAAUAUGCAUUGGUGUAUGGAGACUAUAAGGGUAUCCCAAAACAGCAGAUUCGAGAUUAUAUGGCAAAAGGGUAUGACAUUUUGUUGAGAGUGGAUAUUCAUGGGGUGGCGUCAUUAAGGAGGAUUCUGGGAAAUUCUGCGGUGUUUAUAUCUCUGGUGCCCCCGCGGGGGAUGGGUGUGGGUGGUGAGGCAGUGUUUGUGAAGAGAUUGAUUGAUUGA